UCUCUAUGGAGACGGGGAUAAACAGAUGAUAACAAAUUCUCAGCAGCCUUUAAAGCUCAUUUGAGUGUUGAGGGUUGGCGUUUGAGGUGAGGCAAGGAGAGGCAGUGCAGGACAGCGAGAGAGGCAGAAGGGACUUGACAUUAGCAAGAGAUAUUCUUCAAGAUGGCGGAGAGCACAGAUCUGGAGCAGCUGAUGAACUCCUUUAAGAAGUUCGCGAUCCACGGAGACACCAAGGCUACCGGGAAGGAGAUGAACGGGAAGAACUGGGCUAAACUGUGUAAGGACUGCAAGAUCAUCGACGGGAAGAAUGUCACCGGCACUGACGUGGAUAUCGUCUUCACGAAAGUCAAGACAGUAGUAGAUGAUCACCACGAGGAAUUCCAGAGAGCCCUGGAGGAGCUGGCCCCUAAGAGGUUUAAAGGUCAGAGCAAAGAGGAGGCCCUAACGUCUGUCUACAAGCUGAUAGAGGGCAAGGAGCCCACCAACAUAGGAGUCACGAAAAUGGCGAAGACAGCCGCAGUGGACAGACUGACGGACACCACCAAGUACACAGGCUCCCACAAAGAGCGCUUUGACGAGAGCGGGAAGGGGAGGGGUAAGGGUGGGCGGGAGGAGCUGGUGGAGGAAACAGGAUACGUCGGCUCCUACAAGAACGCCGGAACCUACGAGGAGAAAACCAAGGCUAAGUAG